CAAAUUUGAACGCUAUUAUCGGAUUUUUGUCAUCUGGUAUCUAUUGUGUCAUUUAGUGGGAAUGUUAUGUUAUGGUACUUUUGUAUUGUGUUAUACAUAUUCAUCAAAUAUUGCUAUUGAGUCUCUAGUGAUUUUCCUGAAGUUUCUACUUGCCACACUUGCUUGCUUGUCCUUUUGCUCUUAUGAAAGAUGAAUUACUUGUUUAUUCAGCCGGCCUAGUUCAGAACAUAUACAUAUGCCAUAUCUGUUUCUGUUUGUUUUUACGUCGUCCUGCUGAGUGACAGAUAUGUGUGCACUCAUAACGUCUCAGAUAGUUCUCACUCAAUCUAUCUUGUUUUCUUGUUCUUGAAGAUCUAGAUCCUCGAAUACUCCAAUAAGGAGAUCAUGGGGUCGUGUCUACAGAAGACAACUAAUCAGAGAAGUUUAAAUAGACCUGGAUCACAGAGUAUAGAUGUAUUGACGAGAAAGUCUUCCAAUAAUAAGAGAACCAUGAGAUCAUUUUCCGAAUUUCCAAAGGAAUUAACCUUGGAGAUCUUUUCCAGGCUUCCAGUACAAUCUCUCUUGAUAUGCAAAGUCGUAUGUAAACGAUGGAAUGCUGCAAUUGCAGAACCAGUGCUAGCAACCAUGCAGUUGGCAAAUGCAGCUGAUCAAAGUCUUUGCUUGGUAUUACAUUCUGAGUUUCCCAAAUUCGUCCUCUACAAUGUCUUCAUCAGUAAUCUUGGUUGUCCCGACAAGGAAUGGAAGAGGCUGGAAAUCCCAUUUCGGCAAAUAUUAUCUUCAUUUGAGGUUGUAGGCUCUUGUAAUGGACUUCUAUGUGUAUUACACUAUCAGUUGGAUGAUCCUGUUCUAAUACACAAUCCUCUCACCCGGGACUACAAGAAACUUCCCGACAAAGGUGAGGAGCAUUCCAAGGGAAAAAUACACAGGUGUGUUUUUGGAUUUGGUUUUGAUCCAAAGACUAUGGCUUACAAGGUGCUCAAGAUCGUACAUUAUGCAGGUAGUUCUUCUGAAACCCCGGAUAUGAAUAGAAAACCAGAUGUUUUCGUUGUUACAUUAGGCUCAGACGAAUGGAGAUCUAAAGGCCAAACACAUUACCAACUAACCGGAUCAUCAUCAGAGGCUUUUGUGAAUGGAAAAUUUCAUUGGCUCACACAUCGUGAUUUUCUUGAAGCUGGAAAAUGUCAAGAUAUCAUCUCAUUUGAUCUAUCAACCGAAACAUUUCAAGAAUUACCGCGACCAGAUUUUGAGGGCCUCAUGAAGCACACAUGCCAUCUGGUGACUCUAAAAGGUGCACUCUCUGCUGUUAUUAGCUAUGUUGACGGAACAAAUGAAAUUUGGCAGAUGAAAGAUUAUAAUGUCAGAGAGUCUUGGACUAGAGAAUUUGUUAUCAGGAAGUAUGUUCCGAAAAUUUUCCUUACAUUUGGUCUGUUCAAUAGUUACCCUGGCAGAGGGAGGAUCGACGGGUAUACAAAACAUAAGUUUCAAGUCAUAUGCAUACUGAGUACUGGAGAGAUGUUGCUGCUAUAUGAGAAUCAAGCUUUGGUUUCAUACAAUGCCGAGAUCGGGAAGUUCAAAGAUUUGAAAAUCAAAGGCCAGAUGUUCGAGUACUUAUCGACUCUUCAUACGGGAAGCCUAAUAUCUGUUGAUGCAGCUUUUAACUCGUGAGAGGUCAAUGGUUCAAGGCUCGACGAAGAUCUUGUGAGUAUAUUGAAUUUUAUUGUCGACAAGAAUUCGCUUAUUUCUUGGAAUCAAAUGCUUAAAAAAAUAGUUGUAUUUGCAUCUGUACCUUCCCAUUUCCUUGGCUGCCUUCUGAUUUCUGGCCGUCUAGAAAAAAUCAUGUACCUACACUCCUACAACAAUUGCAGGUAAACAGAUUUUACAUGAUCAACAUGAAUAAUACUCGAAUAGUACAAUCUGCUGUAACACUCACGUUUAAAAGUCCAAAAAGAUGAUCAACCUAAGGCAUGAAUCAGCUAGUGUAAAUUCACGUAGUAGUGACGGAACCAGAAAUUAAAAUGACCCGGGACUGAAAUGUAAAAUAAUAAGUUUUUACUAUUCUUUUCAGAUAUAAAAUUUCAUUGACUUUUCUGACUCGAACGAGAAUUCAGCCCAGAUUAGCCUCUCACCGGUUUCAGUCAGUGCUGAAUUCUAAUUUCAAUAGUAAUUAUGAGAAUUUUUGUGUAUUUAGCACAAUUUGAAAUUCUAAUCUGGUUCAUUUAAGACAAAACCCUUUGGGCGAAGUAUUACUGUAUUAGCCCACACACGGAGACUUAGCAGUUAGCACACAUUGAAUCUCUAUAUAACACAUGCAAAAAUAACACUGCACUUCAACUCAAAAAUAUUUCACACACUUACCUUCUGCCUUCUCCUUGAUCAUUUACAACUAGCUAGGCAAGAAAUAGAAAUGUGGAAGCUGAUCAAUCUCUCAUUACUUGUCAUGGUCUUAAUGUUUUCGGACUUGGAUAAGGCGACAGGGCGCCCGGAGCCAAAUUUUCCUACCAUCCCAAAUUUACCAUUUAUACCAAGCCUGCCACCUCUAGUUUCACAAGUUCCUGGUCUGCCCACCAUUCCUGAACCUCUGUUUCCAGGUUCUUUGAGCCCAAUCACCUCCCCUGUUCGCGGUCUACCGGGCUUUCCCAGCUUCUUUGGUCCUCCCCAAGCCCCUCCUAGCCAUGAUUAACAGAUGUAGCUGCUAGUGUUUAGUUGGCUUGUUAAGUGCAGGAUUUGUGUUUGUGACUUUGUGGAGCACAAUGUUGUUUCUUGGUAAUAAAUUUAUCUAUGGAUGUAGUUUGUUUUCAAAUGUGGUUCCUUGUUAUCCCUGUAUCCUACAGGCAAACCUCUCCAUUAUGUUUUGUGUGGUGUUUUUUGUUUUCUCAUAUUAAUGUCAUAUUUUUUAUGUUUGAA